CGACGUCAUCAUUGACCGUUGUAGGGGUUAACGGUGUUUCCAACCGCCACGCGAGUGCACUCCUUAGCUAAUGUUUUGGCAGUAGGGCCGUAUCAGUCAUGCCGUUUGCCAAGCCAACGUCUUUUUAGUGCUGCCGGUGUCAUUCACGCUGUUCUCGCUCGACUAUCGUUCAUUAACAAAGCAAAUAAUAUUAGUUAAACUCAUGUGUCUCAUAACUUAAUUUUUUCUUGGCGAUUUGCAAUUAACAGUUUUUAAAUUGCCAAGAUUUCUUAUUUUACAAUUAAAAUAACUAUACAAAUCGAUAUAACAUUAAAUUUAUUGACGUUUAUUUUUCAUUUUUUACGCACUUAAAGAAAACAAAAUUAAAAAACAAUAUGGUAGUCUCGGGAGAUGAUCACGCAAUGGACGUACUACUAGAUAGACUAGCACCACUAACCGCCAAAACAACUGAGAAUCUAGAAAAAAUCAGAAAAAUUGCAUGUAAACUAAAUGGACGUGUCAACAACACUGAUAAAAUUGUCAAAGACAAAUCGUUAAAUAUACUUAGAAAAACUAAAUCUGAAAAAUUAACAGACAUUAUCAAAUUAUAUGAAAAAUCAAAAGAUAAAUCAACAUGUACAUAUUUAGCUGGUGUUAUUCGUGCGUGCGUUGCUCCAAAAUCUGGAAAUAUAAGAAUGGCCGUUUUGAAACAUUUGGUAAAAUUAAAUGCUUCAAAAAUAUUCAUGAAAUCAAUAGUAGAACUACAAUCUAAAUCUGUAGGUACGAGUGAUACUCUCGUAAACGAACUGUUUUUUAUUUUAGGCGAACUGUCACAAAAAGAUAAUAAUUUUUCGAAACAUGCUGAAGUAUUAAGUGUAGCCAAACUGUUUCAUCAACAUUUAAGAAAUAAUGUUAAGAACAUAAAAUUAUCGACCUCAUUAAUGUUAUGUUUUAAAACAAUCACAAAAAAUGAAAAUAUUGUUGGUAUUCUCUUGAAAGAUAAUUUUUGUUUAACGAUGGAAAAACUUCUCCGAGAAAAUAAAAAACAUCUAAAGAAAAACAAACAAUGGAUAUUCAUUGUAAUUUUAGCUAAUUUAAGUAAAAAAGUUACCGAAGAGACCUGCGACCGUCUAGUCCGUGGAGGUCUAAUGCAAUAUGUAUUAGACAUUUUUGAUACAAAAAACUACUCUUCAAAUAAAACGAAAAGGAAAAUAUUUGCUUCUGCUCUUGACUUCCUUGUACAUAUAUCAGCCACUCAUAACGGACGUAUUGGGUUGAAAAAGUCAAAUCGACUAAGCGUUUUGUAUACGUUUGGCAGUACUUGUCCAAUUAAUCAAAUUUACAAUUCCACUAUUUCAAAGUUAUGCACCAUCAUUAAUGUCUGCACAGACAAAAUUAUUUUACCACUUUCUUCUACACAAUCUUCAUUUUUCUUCAAUUUAGGAGACACAACGAUUGGUGAUACUGGAAUUGAAAAGUAUGAAGGAACCGAUAGUGAUGAAAGUGAUGACGAAAGCGAUAUUAAUAUGGUUCAUAAUUCACUUGGGCCUAUUGAUAAUUUGGUACUUCAAAAAUCAGAAUCAGUAAAAUUUGAAAUAUCGUUAAGCUAUUGGAAAAAUCUUGACGAGCUUAAACCAAUCUAUAGCAGAUUAUUUGAAGAAUUCGAUGUAGAAAUUACAAAUCCUAUUUUACCCUAUGAGAUCCGAUCUGCUCAAAGUGCAAACUCGACAAAGUCCAUGAUUAAAUCAUUCGUAAAAUUAAAAUCGAGUAAAUACAAUGGCAUUCAAAGUAAUUCAAAUUUCCCGGAAGAUAUGAAAUUAGAGAAAGGAGAAAUAAAAUUAUUAAAUAAUUUACGAACAUCUCAAACCCACAAAACUGCAUACUCAGCAAUUGCAAAACGUGUGAAUACAGUUAUACCACUUGUGAAAUUCGCUUAUCCUGAUUGGGUUGGAGUUGAUAUUGAUAGUCCUUUAGAGCCUUUCUACAACAAUGAAGAGCAAAUUUCUCGAAUCAAACUAAUUAAUUGUUUAGAACAAAAUAUCAAUAAAAAAAAAGAUACCGACAAUUUAAUUGUUUACGAUUUGGAUUUUUUAAUAAGAGUUUGUGCAGAACUAAAACGUAUUUCACCAUUAUCAAAUGAUGAUGAACAAAAUUUAAAUGUAAAAACAAAUUUUGAUCACUUGCAUUUUGAAUCACGCUUUGAGAGUGGAAACUUAAGAAAAGUUAUGAAAAUUGGACCAGUUGAAUAUGACUUAAUUUUAAACUCCGACGUUAAUUCUAGCUCACACAAUCAAUGGUUUUAUUUCCAAGUUUCUAAUAUGGUGGCAAAUAAACAAUACGCGUUCAAUAUAAUAAAUAUGGAAAAAAUGAGUUCACAAUUCAAACAUGGUUUGCAACCUAUAAUGUUUUCAGUAAAAAGUUACGUUGAGCGUAAGGAAGGUUGGAAACAUACAGGCACGGAUAUAUGUUACUAUGUAAAUCAAUAUAAGAAUGAAAAUAAAGAACAAAGUUCCUACAUGACUGCAUCAUUUACUAUUCAAUUUCCAUACGAUUUAGAUAUUUGUUAUAUAGCCUAUAUUUAUCCAUACACAUAUUCUACUUUAUUGUACAAAUGUUUCAAGUGGAAAAAUUCUGUAGACUCUAAAACAACCUUAUUUCGCGCAAACGCUUUGUGUCGGUCAUUAAACAAUAACGAUGUGCCAAUUCUUACUAUUACUUCAAAAGAAAAUAAUGAACAACCAAUAAAAAAUCGAGAAAUCGUCUACUUAACUUCACGUGUUCACCCAGGAGAGACUAAUUCGUCAUGGGUAAUUGACGGUGCAAUUGAAUUUUUGUGUAGUGACUUUACUACAGCAAAAAAAUUACGAAAUAAAUAUGUAUUUAAAAUUAUACCCAUGUUAAAUGUCGAAGGUGUAAUUAACGGUUGCCAUCGUUGCGGUUUGACCAACGAAGAUUUAAACAGAAAAUGGAACGCCCCCGACCUAAAAUUGCACCCAGAAAUUUUCCACGCAAGAGGAAUACUUGAAUAUAUGGCAAAUAUAUUGAAAACUACUCCAUAUGUGUUUUGUGAUUUUCAUGGUCAUUCCAAUCGAAAAAAUUGUUUCUUUUACGGGUGUUCGUCAAAAAAGAGUUGGUCAAGAAUGGACUUGGCAAAGAAUGAAAACGAAACAGAUUUCAUGAUACUGCCAAUUUUGAUGCAAAAUUGCGGACCAGCAUUUUCACUAUCACAAUGUAAAUACAAAGUAGAAAGGAAUCGUGAAACCACUGCCAGAAUUACUGUGUGGCGAUCCUAUGGAGUAAAACGAAGUUACACUCUAGAAACCAGUUACUGUGGUUGCAGUGAGGGCUUGUACAAGGGAUAUCAUUUUGGAAUAAUGCAACUAAAAGAAAUAGGAUCAACAUUUUGUAUGGCUCUUUCUUCGCUUGAAGAAGAAACAAAAAAAAGAGAAGCUUUACCGUCUGUUUGUCGAUUAGCAUCAAUUACAAAGAGCUGCAGUUCAAAAUCCAUGGACUUUCUCGAUGAGGAAAUCUCAGACUCUGAUUAAAUACUAGCUUAUAUUAACUGCCGUCUAAUUUUAAAGAUUAACUCUGUAUAUUACAUGUUUUUAUUCAUAAGUAUAAAAUCGUAAAAUGUAUUAAAAUAAAUUUAAUUUAUAUGAUUAUGUCCCCUUAUUUAAUGUAACAUAUAAUCAAUUUUACUUUUUUGUUAUUACGUCUGCAUUACUUUAAAAAUACGGCGUUAUAAUUCAAAUCGUUCUAACUUCAAAUUACAGUAUAUAUUUAUAGCAACAAAAAAUAAAAUGUGUUUACUUAGUUUUAAUCGUCAAGUUAAACAUUUUUUUUUACAAAUAUAUGUGAUAAAUUUUAUUUUUUAGAGCCCGGUAACAAAAUAAUAAUUAUUCAUUUUGUUAAGAAAAAAUUUUAUAAUUUAUAUAUGUGUACUUUGAACUAUUUAAUAAAUUUUACUAAGCUUGUUCAUGAUUUAAAUGCGUGCAAAUAUCAUAUGCUCUAAGAUUUUUUUUUAGUUAUUUAUAUUGUUUUACUGUCUUUAAGAACAUAGUUAACGACACGUGUCUUGUUGAACAAAUAAUAAUGCUAUAUUUUUUACAGCUGUUUCAAUUCUUAGCAUUUUAUUAUUUUAGCAGUUGUUUUAACAUGUUUAACGAAAAAUUGUUUUCAAAUUAAAUUUUAUGUAUGUUAUAUUGAGUUAUGCACUAAAACGUACUAGAAAAAGUUGUAUAAAUUAUUCUGAUUAUAUGUAACAAGUAAAUCCUUUCAUUUUGAAACUAGUCCACUAUUUAAAUGUCCAUGUAUUUGCAUAUUUGAUUCGUUUUGAAUUAAGUUAUGCCUACUGUAUUAAAUUUAAGCAAAAUAAAAAUAUUUCAUUUUCCAUAAACAAAAAAUAAAUAUAAUUGAU